ACAGUGUAUGCUGAAGGCUGCACAGCCUUCAGCAUUGGACACUCCCUGAUGUGAGACGUUGGGUCGGAUAGAUAAGCCAAACCGACCGAGUGUCAAACUAAACCAGCCACAGAGUGUCAAAGUUCAGUUUAACCCAGCUCGUUUUCUGUCGUGUAUCUCCGCCUGUGGUGCCAGACGUCGUGGGUCCGUAUAGUGAACGGUAAGCAGCAGUCGUUACACAACGGAUAAAGUGAAGACACGAGACAUGUGGCAGGCGAUCGGGUUGACCGCCCUCCCUCACCUCGGGGGGCUGUACGGAGGCUACGUGACCCGUCACCAGGUGAAGACGUGGUACCCCACUCUGGUGAAGCCCUCCUGGCGUCCGCCCAACGCCGCCUUCCCUAUAGUGUGGACCAGCCUGUACACCGGAAUGGGGUAUGCUUCCUACCUCAUAUAUAAGGAACUUGGCGGCCUGACCGAGGAUGCAAUGGUGCCUAUGGGCCUGUAUGGACUGCAGCUAGCUCUAAACUGGGCAUGGACCCCUAUAUUCUUUGGUGCACACAAAAUGAAAUUAGCGCUAUACGAGAUUAUGGUUCUCACUGGGACGGUCGGAGCGACCAUGUUGUCCUGGUACCCCAUCAGCCGGCCUGCCACUCUGCUCAUGGCUCCCUACCUGGCGUGGCUGUGUCUGGCCACCUGUCUCAACUAUCGCAUCUGGAAGGACAAUCCCGACCCUAAAGGAGAAUAGGAGGCACCAGAUACUACUGGUCACGUUAGAGAUUGCAGCAUGGUCAUCCAUUUAUAGGUAGCAUUUGAUAGAUUUUCUUCCUUGUAAGCCUGAUAAUGUAAUGAUAAAACGCUACCCAGAGAUGA